AUGAAGAGAGCAACCAACUUACAAAAAGUCAUUAUGAUAUACGGCACGUCUCAACUUGGAUUAGCAACUGCAACGGCGCGUGAUGUGAGCACGAGAUCGGACACGCGUCAAGGAGCGCUUGAGCCGGACCCGGACACCUCUCAGACACUCAUAUCACCCGCGGUACAACUCAGACUAAGAGCUCAUCCAGGACUUCAAGACACAAGAUCAACCACUUCGUCCAUGCAUUCAUCCAAGAAGACCGAGAGAUCGACUCAGCCAAGGCAACCAUCGGCGAGACUGUCCGUACGGCCUUCGUCCUUAUCAAAGGACGAGGGCGCCAAAGACUUCAGGUUGUGUAUUGAUUAUCGGGGUUUGAACCGGGUCACUGUGAAGAACAAGUAUCCUCUUCCUAGGAUCGAUGAGUUGUUGGAUCAGUUGAGGGGUGCUACUUGGUUCUCCAAGGUAGAUCUGGCGUCGGGUUAUCAUCAGAUACCGAUAGAUGAGGCAGAUGUGAGGAAGACUGCUUUCAGGACGAGAUAUGGGCACUAUGAGUUUGUGGUGAUGCCCUUCGGAUUGACUAACGCGCCAGCAGCGUUUAUGAGAUUGAUGAACAGUGUGUUUCAGGAGUUUCUGGAUGUAUCUGUCAUCAUUUUCAUCGACGAUAUCCUGGUCUAUUCUAAGAGUCCUGAGGAGCAUGCAGUGCAUUUGAGGGCAGUUAUGGAGAAGCUGCGGGAGCAGAAGUUGUUUGCCAAGUUGAGCAAGUGUAGU